AUGUUAGAAAAAAACGAAGGAUCAUCUCUUUCCACUUUUCCUCCUUUACCCUCUCCGUCUUCUCUUCUUCCGCCGCAUUAUAUUUUUCCUCCUCUUCCUCGUGGCCCACCCCCGCCGCUGUCACCACCAUUACCACCCUCACCACUCCCACCAGCUCCAAUCCCACCACCACCACCCCCACCACCACCACCCCCACCAUCACCACCACGCGGGGAGCGUGACAAUGAGGAACAUCCCCACAAUGGCGAGCAUGGCCCAGCUGACGUCUCAGCCAUUAAUCUGGGCGGAGCAGGAAGGGACCCAGAUGUCCCCAAUUCAGCAUGCCCCAUUGGAAUAGGGCCCUACGUGACUGACCACCACACACCAGGCCCUUACAUGGUUGGCCAUUACGGGCCAGCUCCGUAUGGGAUGGGCCACUACGGGCCAGCUCCGUAUGGGAUGGGCCAUUACGGGCCAGCUCCGUAUGGGAUGGGCCCAUACGGACCAGCACCUUAUGGGAUGGGCCCAUACGGGCCAGCUCCUGUGAUGGCUGGCCCAUAUGGGUUUGGCCGUGUGGUGCCAGGACCUAUUCGGAGCAGGAUGCCACACCCAGCCAUGAAACCACCAAAGGAAAAUAAAGAAAUUAUUAAAAAAUUCUUGUUUUGUUUGUGUCCCGUUAUGUAA